UACCCAUCUCUGUUCUUAACUGAAUAUAUACUUUGUUUAAAUAAUAUUCAAAUACUCUUUGUGGAAAAUUAUUUCUAUUCGAAAAAUGCCUUAAAAAUAACUAUAUGUGAAUAAUAAAGUAGAGUUUAAAAUGCUUCUAUGAACUAACUUCGAAAGCAAACCAAACUAAAUGACGCGGGAAUUUGCAAGAUGAGUUUCAAAACACCUCCCGUUCCGAAAGAUGUUCAAGAACUUGUGUUCAAGCAAUCGAGCAUUCAUCAAAUAUCAGAAAAUUUCACGUCCGUUCCCACAAGUUGUAAUCUCGUAGCCGCAGAUGGAAAACGUGGAUUAUUAUACGUUGGUCAUAAAAAUAAAAUCACCGUUCUGAAGCUUGGAAAUGAAGCAAACAUCGAGUGGAAAAUAGAUUUGCAGUUGCCAGACAUCAUUUCAAGAUUAUCUCUGAGUUGUGAUUUUUCGUAUUUAGCUGUGACUCUUUCUGCUCCUGCAGUUCUCAUUUAUUCUGCUGCUGCCUUAUCCAAAAAUGUUCUCGAUUUGCUCCAUGAAAUCCGUCUCUCGACCUCGAGCGGCGACAUUGUCGUCAGAGACCUCUGCUGGAAUCCCGCAGUUUCGGGAAUGCUCUGCACGAUCGCGAGCGAUUAUACAAUCGGGAGUUUCCAGGUGAAGGGCGACAGAACAGCCGGAGUUGGCAUAACAGCCCUCGAACGGAUCGAGGGAAUAGAAGCCCUCUCGCUUUCCUGGAGUCCGAAGGGCAAACAAAUAGUCGUCGGCUGUCGAAAUGGCAACAUAAUUCAGCUGAAGCCGGAAUUAAAGCCGGCCAGGACGAUUGCCGGCCCAAAUCCAAGCAUAGGCGGUGUCACAGCCAUCCUCUGGGUCAGUAAUUAUCAAUUUUGCGCCGCCUAUCAGGAACCUGGUGAGCAAAGGAUCAAUGUUCUCAUUGUCGAUGCGCCGAAAGGCGAGGCCUUGGCGAUUUUCACCAAUUACGAGGACAUCACCUACGGAGGAGUGCCCACGACUCGAUAUUAUUUCGAGUCAAUUCCAGAAUGGGGAGUGAUUUUUGCGGCUAGCAGCACCAGCAGUGAGAUUGCGGUUUUGGGAUCGAUUGAUAAUGGAAAUAGUUGGGAGCAGUGGCAACUUGUUGAUAGUGGAAGGGCGGAACUUCCUCUCGUUCGAACUGACGAGUCGUUUCCGGUUGGAUUGGCCAUCGACAGAUCGGCGAACAGAAGACUUUUGUGGGGCCCGGAAAGUACUCUACCAAAUCCUGUGCCAGUUAUUCAUAUUCUCGGUACUUCGGGACAACUCUGCAGUUUUCAUAUUGUCAAUUUGAAACCGGAUUGUCCCGCGGUUUGUGCUCCACCCUCGGAAAUUGUUGCUCCACCUCCAGUGUCAGCAUGCAUUCAAGGGCCCCGUCCAAGUAUCGCAUCUUCCGAAAUUUCUUUCAACCUUGCCACAGGUGCAACAAGCACCCCGCGUUCAAAAGCUGAUUCUCCCAAGGAAAAAGCUAAAAACAUGUUAACAAGCUUGAUUCAAGAUACCGCGAAAGCUCCUCCCGCUUUCGCUCCCAGACCAGAACCAACAAAUCCAGCGCCUCUGCCUCAAAUCGAAACAAAAAUUCCCUCAUUUGUUCAGCAACCAGACCCCAAACCCACAAACUUUCCUCCGCCCGUGGAAAUCAAAAUCCCUCAGCCCAGAAUCGAAAAGACGGAAACCGAAGCAAACAUUCAAGUUUUUGAAAGAAAGGAAAUCCCGAAGGAGCCUGUUCAUCAAGAGAAGCCAAGCAUAGAUGAGGGUCUUUGUUUGAGAGCCUAUCGAGAAGAGCAAGCGAAUUUCGAGAAGGAAUUAAAAGCGAGACUCGAGCCCUUGAUCUGGGAGGUCGGAACGACUUCGGAGAGGGGACAGCUUGUCGAGAAAACUGCCCUGAUUGACGAGUUUCUUCGAGAUUUGCAGGAAACAACGAGCAGUUUAUCGAGUGAUGUUGCGUAUCUGAAAGCCCUUCUUCUCCAGUCCUUUGCCUGGCUCGAGGAGACGAAAUCGAAAAAUGCCAAGGGUGUGAAAUUGAGUACACGGGGCGGAAGGGAGAGUUCGAAACUCGCAGAAUUGCAGAGAUUUUUUUACUACACCCAGUCUCAGUUGGUGCAGGCUUCUCAGGUUUUAGAUCUUGAAUGGUCAGAGCAGCAAUCGAGGGAACAGAACAAGCUGAAAAUCCCGAAUAUGGAGUUUAUUUAUCAAAGUCUGAUGCGACAUGGACAAAUUCUGACGAAGGAGAAAAGCAAUCUGGAAAAUCUCGUGCGAAAGUGGAAAAUGUUGGUUCGCGGUGGAACAGUUAGUCUGAAUCGAUCUCUCUCGAAUCUUCAUAUCACAAAUAAUUUUGGAAACGAUUCUGCAAUUGAUUUGAGAUGCAAAGCGAUCGCGGGCAAGCGAGAGAGUUUUAGUCGAGAGAAGCAGAAUAAAUUGCGGGAUCUUUUGUCGGAAAAUGCACCGAGGAUUAUUAAAGCCGCUAAGCCUACUCUUAUCCAGGAUAGGCUCGAAGCCACACUUACUUCUCUGGCUUUUUCAAGUCCGAAAGUCCCGAAAGCGAAGGUUUUGGAAGCGAGUCAAAAAAAAUCGAGUCCUCUCGCUUCACUUAACAAUAUUGUAUCGAAGAUUGGAACUCCCGGGAAAGAAGAAGCGAAUUUGCAGAAGAUUGUGCCAACCUUUGCGGCAAAAAGUCCUUUGACUAUGGUGAGUCAGAAGCCGAAGAUUCAACAGAAUCAACAAGUUCCGGUUCAGCAGAGUCAACAAAGUUCCCAAGUUUCUAAUUUGGCGAAGCCGUUCUCGAAGGUUGAUGCAAUUCCUUUUGGGCAGAAAACUGAUGAGAAUCAGAAAGAGAAGACUGAGAAGGCUCCCAAAGUUUCAAGUAUUUCCGGAACUCUCCAAGGAAACAGUGGAAGCAUGUCAACUCCUACAGUUCCCCCUUUCAGUUCAACGGCAGCACAAUCGUUUUCCUUUGCUUCGAAACCGCCCACGAAUUUGCCAAGUUUUCCUGCAAAGCCGCAAGAAGAAAAAUCAAAUCUAGAUCUGGGAGGAUUGAAUUUGUCUCUUCAGUCCUCUGGACUCUCGAUCAGUCUCGUUCCGGAGACGAAACCAGUUUCGACACCUGCAAUGUCGAGUAUCAAUUUUGGAAAGGCUUCCGUUUCACCUUCCGCAGCUUUUGGACAAUCUUCAACCACUUUUGGAACUCCUGGUACGACUCUCGGGAAUUCGGGAUCGAUUUUUGGAAAGAAUGGAAACCAGACGAUUUUUGGAAACCAAGGAUCCAUCUUUGGAGGUGGUUCCAACUUGAAAACAACUUUUUCGACUACUGGAGUUGCGACUACAGUUGCUUCUGCUACGGUGGCUAGUUCUGCUUCAAGUCCUGCUUCCGUAUCGAGUUUAAUUUCGAAACCAGCUUCUGUGACGAGUCCAAAUCCUUUAACUUCAACUCCAGUUUCAAGUCCAACUUCUGCUUCAAGUCCCAUUUCUGUUCCAAGCUUAAUGUCUAGUUUAGUCUCUUCUCCUCCAGUUCCGGUUUCAAGCCCACCUGUUUCAAGCCCUCCUGUUUCAAGCCCUCCUGUUUCAAGCCCUCCUGUUUCAAGCCCUCCUGUUUCAAGCCUUCCAGCUUACGGAGCGACUACUCCGAUUUCGUCUCCUUCAGCAACUUCCGCUCCCGAUAUGUUUUCCCUCAAUCUCGGAUCGCCUAAACCAUCAUCAGCAGAGACGGCUUCUUUUUCACCAACGCCCUCAAUUUCGGCCUCGAAGCCUUCAUCAACAGCAACAACAACAACUUCGUCUCUCACUUCAUCAAUUUUUUCCACUGCCUUUGGAAAUUCGAAACUUGCGAGUUCGGCAUCAACCCUAAACUUUGGAACGGCAACUGCACUUUCGUCUACAACUUCGAUUACUCCAGUUUUCGGAAAAGAACCAACAUCAACACCAGGAUCGAUUUUUGGAAGUUCAACUAUUUCGGCUGGAAAUGUUUUUGGAGGAAGUGCAACAACUCCAGCAACAGCGAGUCCCUUUGGGGGAAGUACGCUUCCUCAAAAUUCGAUUUUUGGAAAUGCAACUUCUCCUGGUGGAUCGAUUUUUGGAGGAGGAACAACAGCGGCUACAACUACAGCCUUUGGAGCAGGAACAACUGCCGCUCCAGCUACAGCUUUUGGAGGAGCUACAAAAGCUGCUUCAACUCCAGUUUUUGGUGGUACAACGCCAGCUUCAAGUACAGUUUUUGGCGGAGGAACACCAGCUGCGGCGGGUGCGGCUUUUGGAAUGAAGACUCCAGGAACUGGAUCAGUUUUUGGCAUGUCUUCACAAAAUCCUGUUUUUGGGGCUCCGGCCAGUACGACGAGUGUCUUUGGAGGCGCAUCAAAACCUCAGGAAGCGAAUUUUUCCAUGUUUGGAGGAAGCACAACUCCGGCUUUUGGACAAGCUCCGGCUUUUGGGGGCAAACCAGCAUUUGGAGGCAGUCCGGAUUUUGGACAGGCGAAACCGGCUUUUGGAACGGGAUUUGGCGGAACUGCUGCCUUUGGUGGUAGUCCAGCAUCUCCAGCAGGUUUUGGAAGCCCACCGAUGAUGGGAGCAAGUCCUCCACCGAUAGGUUCAAGUCCAAUGCAAAAAGUAUUUGGAGGCUCAUCUGGUAGCAACACUUUUGAAACAUUGGCUACUCAAAGUGGAGGUCUUUCAUUUAGUAGUCUAGCUCAAAGUUCUCCAGAACAACAGCAGCAACAGCAACAACAACAAAGUCCACCGGAAUUUGCUGCGAAAAGCUCAUUUUCAAGCUGGCGCUGAGUUGGAAAUUCCUAAAGAGCUCUUGUAGGUUUUAGGUUUUUUUAAUAAAUUGCGAAUUUAGGAUUUAUUGUUACAAAUGGGGUAUUAAACCUGAGUCAGUGUCUACUUUUAUAAGGAACUGAAUAAACAAUAGUUUAUUUUAUUUUUUCUCUUA